GUGGUGUUACUGCCAAAGCACCGAUUUUUGCGAUAAUCCUGCCGUCGAGCCGGAGAGAGAGAACACUUCGGUCGUUCAAGGACGUUUCCUGGUUCUCCGGCACGACAUCAUGGUCACGGACAAUACUAAUCAGGCUGACGAUACAACCGCAUUUCUUCGCGCAGCUAGAUCUGGAAACCUCGAAAAAAUCAUCGAAUAUCUGGACACUGAUCUAGAUAUAAAUACAGCUAAUUCGAACGGUCUAAACGCAUUGCAUUUAGCAUCGAAAGAUGGACACGUUGAGAUAGUAACGGAACUUUUGAAAAGGGGUGCAAAGGUCGACGCUGCGACAAAGAAAGGCAAUACCGCAUUGCACAUAGCAUCAUUAGCUGGCCAAGCAGAAAUAGUUAAUAUUCUUAUUCAAUAUGGCGCCGCUGUUAAUAUACAAUCGCAAAAUGGAUUUACACCGUUAUAUAUGGCUGCCCAAGAAAACCAUGAUCAAGUGGUUAAAUUGUUGCUUAGCAAUGGAGCCAAUCAGAGCCUCGCUACGGAGGAUGGAUUCACUCCGCUUGCUGUGGCAAUGCAGCAAGGUCACGACAAGGUCGUCAGUGUACUAUUGGAAAACGAUUCUAAAGGAAAAGUUAGGUUACCGGCAUUACACAUUGCUGCUAAAAAAGAUGAUUGCAAGGCAGCUGAUUUACUCUUACAAAACGAUCACAAACCUGAUGUCACAUCUAAAAGUGGUUUCACCCCAUUACACAUUGCUGCUCAUUAUGGUAACGAAGAGAUAGCACGUUUGUUAAUUAAACGUGGGGCUGACGUUAAUUAUUUGGCUAAGCACAAUAUAAGUCCCCUACACGUGGCAGCUAAAUGGGGUAAAAAUAAUAUCGUCAAAAUCCUGUUAGAAAAUUCGGCACAAAUCGAUGCGAAAACAAGGGACGGUUUGACUCCGUUACAUUGUGCUGCUAGAUCAGGACACGAAGAAGUUGUGAACACGUUACUCGAAAAUUCUGCACCGAUCAGUGCUCGUUCGAAGAACGGUUUGGCACCUUUGCAUAUGGCCUCUCAAGGUGAUCAUGUUGAUGCUGCUAGAGCAUUAUUGUAUCAUCGUGCACCAGUGGACGAAGUGACCAUCGAUUAUUUAACUUCUUUACAUGUUGCCGCACACUGCGGUCACGUUAGAGUAGCGAAAUUGCUUUUGGAUAGGAAAGCUGAUCCAAAUGCAAGAGCAUUAAAUGGUUUUACACCGUUGCACAUAGCUUGCAAGAAAAAUCGUAUCAAGGUCGUCGAAUUAUUAUUGAAACAUGGCGCAUCUAUCGAAUCUACGACCGAGUCCGGACUGACUCCGUUACACGUGGCCAGUUUUAUGGGAUGCAUGAAUAUCGUGAUAUUCCUACUACAACACGAAGCCAAUCCCGAUGUGCCAACUGUUAGGGGAGAAACACCCUUACACCUGGCAGCUAGAGCUAAUCAAACCGAUAUUAUUCGAAUUUUGUUAAGAAAUGGAGCCAAAGUUGAUGCACGUGCUAGGGAACAACAAACGCCGUUGCACAUUGCAUCCAGAUUGGGUAACAUUGAUAUAGUUAUGUUACUAUUGCAACAUGGUGCAGCUGUUGAUACUACGACCAAGGAUAUGCAUACUGCAUUGCAUAUUGCAGCUAAGGAAGGUCAGGAGGAGGUAGCUGCUAUUUUAGUGGAGAAUAAUGCAUCUGUAAAAGCCACAACGAAAAAUGGUUUUACUCCUCUGCACAUAGCUGCCAAGUAUGGCAAUAUGAAUGUGGCAAAGAUACUUUUGCAAAAGGAUAGCAAACUUGAUGCACAAGGAAAGAACGAUAUUACACCGUUGCAUCUGGCUUGUCAUUACGAUCAUCCAAAUGUUGCCAAUCUUUUAUUGGAAAAAGGUGCAUCCCCGCAUCUUGCAUCACAAAACGGUCAUACACCGUUGCACAUUGCUGCUCGCAAAAAUCAGAUGGACAUUGCUUCAACUCUGUUGGAAGGCGGAGCGAAUGCUAAUGCAGAAUCUAAAGCAGGAUUUACCCCAUUACAUUUAAGCUCGCAAAAGGGCCAUUACGAUAUGACAAAUUUGCUUAUUGAACACGGGGCUGAUCCAAAUCACAAGGCUAAGAAUGGUUUAACAGCGUUGCACCUGUGCGCCCAAGAAGAUUUCGUCAGAGUUGCAUCGAUACUCGUUAAAAAUGAUGCCAACGUUGAAAGUCAAACCGAAACUGGUUACAGACCGAUCCACGUUGCCGCACAUUUUGGAAAUCUUUCUAUGAUAAGAUUUUUGUUAAAACAUAACGCCGAAAUUGACGUUAGAACGGGACAAAAUUAUACGCCAUUGCAUCAGGCAGCACAACAGGGUCAUGCUCAUGUUGUUAGUGCAUUAUUAGAAGGAAAUGCAUCCCAUAAAGCACGUACAAAUGAUGGCUUGACAGCAUUAAAUAUUGCUCAAAAGUUAGGAUAUAUAUCAGUUAUGGAAGUAUUGAAAGGUAUGCCUUAUGAUAAUUUAGCACCUGAUAAUAAAAAUUGGGAAGAAAAAUACAAAGUAAUAGCACCGGAAAGUUUGCAAGAAACAAGUCUCAUGUCGGAUUCCGAUGACGAGGGUGCUUCUGAUGCAUUGAUUAGUGAACAACCAUACAAAUAUCUUACUGCGGAUUUAAUGAAAAGUUUACGAGAUGAUUCAUUGCCAAUCGAUGUUACUAAGGAUGAUCCAAUACAUAGACAAAUUACGAAAGAAGAAAAACAAGAAUUCGUUCAGAGUAAUAAUUAUUGUUUGGCAGAAAACUUUGACAGUAAUGAUGCAUUAAAUUUAGGAUUUUUAGUGAGUUUCCUAGUGGAUGCACGCGGUGGUGCAAUGAAGGGUUGCAGGCACAGCGGUGUUAGAAUAAUUGUGCCACCCCGUAGAGCAACGAUGCCAUUACGGGUGACAUGUAGAUUAGUCAAACCUAGUAAAGUAGCUAAUCCACCACCUCUGAUGGAAGGUGAAGCUUUGGCAACGCGAAUCAUUGAAAUGGGUCCAGUUGGUGCAACAUUUUUAGGACCGGUAUUAAUCGACAUACCACACUUCGCCUCGAUUCGUGGAAAAGAAAGGGAAAUAAUAAUAUUGAGAAGUGAAAAUGGUGAAACUUGGAAGGAACACGAUAAUUCGAUCGAUAACGAUGAUACUUUGCUUAAUACACCACAUGAUCCACAAAUGAACGCAGCCCAUUCUGGCAGAAUAACACGAAUAAUAACGACCGAUUUUCCACAAUAUUUUGCGAUUGUUACUAGAAUCAAACAAGAGGUACACGUAAUAGGAUCAGAGGGUGGAAUAUUAAUGUCAAGUGUUGCAAACGAUGUUCAAGCAGUAUUUCCACCUGGUGCAUUAACGAAAAAAAUCAAAGUUGGAUUGCAAGCACACGUCAUCCCUGCAGAACUUACGGCAAAACUUUUAGGUAAUUGCGUAGCAGUAUCACCGGUAAUUACAAUUGAACCAAGAAGACGAAAGUUUCACAAGCCGAUCACUUUGACUAUACCGGUGCCACAAGCUGCGAACAAAGGAAUGAUUAAUCAAUAUGGCGGAGAAACACCAACAUUACGAUUACUUUGCAGCAUUGCUGGUGGUACAAGUGAAGCUCAAUGGGAAGAUGUUACUGGUUCAACACCAUUGACAUUUAUGAAUGAUCGUGUCUCAUUCACGACAACAGUUUCAGCUAGAUUUUGGUUAAUGGAUUGUAGAAAUAUUAGUGAAGUUCCAAAAAUGGCGACUGAAUUAUACAAGGAAUCAUUGUUUGUACCUUACAUUACGAAUUUCGUAAUAUAUUCGAAACGAAUGGACACUCUUGAAGCUACGUUAAGGAUAUUGUGCAUGACCGAUGGCAAGGAAGGAAUGCACACAUUGGAAAGACAAGAAGAAUUUUUAGAAAUUGUUAAGAGUCGUGACGUUGAGGCUCUGCAUGGGAAAGAUCUUUAUAUCGAAUUUAGUGGUAACUUAACACCAAUAACCAAAUCAGGAGUACAAUUGAAAUUUACUUUCAAAGCUUUCCGACAAAAUCGUUUAUCGUUUCACGUUAAAGUGAAAGAUCCAUUAUUGGAUCCUGUAGCAAGAAUGUUGUUCAUGCGUGAACCAAAAGUUGCCAAGGGUGAACCACCCCAACAACCAAUUUGUGUUUUGAAUAUCGUAUUACCGGAGGUUACCACCAAAAUGGAAAUACAAAAGAAAUUAACAGCUUACGAAGAUUCGAAUAUAAUAAGUCAAAAAAUGGACUUUUACAAAUCAAAAUACGGUAUGGAACAGAAGGAGAAAGGUGACCAGCCGAAAGAUACUUCACCAUCAGAAGAAAAAUUCAUUGCUGAUACUUUGCAGAAAGAACAAACAGAUGCCGCUACUAUCCACGAAUCCUUUGCACAAAAAAAAGCGGCUUCUUGUCCCCUAGAAUCCGUAGAUGCUAGUUAUCUUCCCACUAAAACACAAAUAUCAGGCAAACAGGAGAAGAAGGAGGAGAAGGAGGAGGAGGAGGAGGUUGAAGAGGUGGAGGUGGUGGGGGAGGAGGAAGUAACUGAUUACGAUUUAUCACCGGGAAUUGAAAAACAAACGUAUUCGGAGAAGAGAAAAUUUUGGGAGGAUAUAUCAAAAAAGAGAGAAAGUUAUCAACGUUCCGAAUCAGAAGUAUCAAGGACAUCGCAAUUAACAGUUAACGAAAGUGAUAGCGAAUAUAUGCAAAAUGUUGUAUCGGAGGAAGAAGUAACGGAAGUUACAUCGGUUGGUUCUGAUACAAUGGAAAAUGUUAAUUUGCCAGAUAUUUCGGAAUGUUCUGUAGCAGAAAAGGCACAUUAUUUUGAGGAACAAAUACAAAAGGAAUUGAGCAAGGUACCUGCUGUUAAAUUGACCCAAUCACAACCACAAUCACAAUCACAACAACAACAGGAUUUAAUUAAAUCUGAAAAAGAUAUGAAAGUUAAAGUUAAACAUACGGAUAAGAUUGUUGUUGUUGAUGUUGUUAGAGUUGAAAUGAAACACGAGGGAAAGGAAUUCAAAUCUAGUCACGUUGAGGAAAAGGACGAGGAUGAGAGUGACGAGUUGAGAAAGAAAGAAUUACAAAUUGAAGAAGAAGGGGGAGAAGUUAUACGUAAGAUUAAGGUGGAUGAAUUUGUUAAGAAGGAAUAUGAUGGGAGAUUAAUUGUUGGUUUGGAUAAGAGGGUUGAAUUGGUUAGAGAAGAAGUCGUUGGGGAGAAAAGGGAAGAAGGGAGGAAAGAGGAUGAAAGAAGGGGGGAAGGUGGUGAUAUUAAGAAGAGGGCUGUUGAGUUGGAGAAAAAAUUGGAGGAAGAGGAAGUUAAGAGAAGGGAUGCUGAAUUUAGGAAGAAGAGGAAGAAGGAAGAGGAGGAAUUGGAAGCUAAGAGGAAAGAAGCUGAAUUGAAAAAGAAACAAGAAGAAGAAGAAGAAGAAGCUAAGAGGACAUAUAGAAAAGCAGCAGAACUGAAAAAGAAACAAGAAGAAGAAGAAGCUGAAUUAAGAAAGAAAGAGGAAGCCGAAUUAAAGAAAAUAAAAGAGAUGGAAAUGGAAAAAGGUUUAUACGAUAAAUUGGAAAAAGAAAUGGAUGAGGUUAAAUUGGUACAAAUUUUGCCAGAACAAUUGGAAAAAUCGAUCGAGGAAGCUAGAGAAAUACAUCAGCAAGAAUUACCAGAACACAUGGAUAGAUUUGUCGAGAAACACGAGUUAGAAUUGCAAAAGGAAUAUUUAAUGGGUCAGGCUGAAUCAUCAAUGGAUAUUUUAAGCAAGGAAAGGGAAUUACAAUUGCAGUCACAUUCUAAACAAUUGGAACAGAUGGAAGAUAUUUCUUCGUUACAGGAUAGAAGUUUGACUAAGGAUGUGUCAACAACUAGUAGUAGACGUGUUAUCAAAGAAGAAACCACCAUAAUAUGGAAAGUACAAGAAGAUGGUAGUUUGGUGCAAGAAAAGGUUACGAAAACUGUUCAAAUCGAAGGUGACGAAGAUGAUAUACCAGUAACCACUGAAAUAAUAAAUGUUCCUGAAACUAGUUUAGAACCAAAAGUGCUAUACGAAGAACAUUACAUUCCUACUAAUUUCGAUGACAAAUUGACGAGGGAAGAUAAUAAAUUAGAAACACGCGAUAAACAAGUUACGCAUAUCACAGAAGUACAAAAAGAAAAGACUGAUGAUGAAGAUGAUUUACGAAAAGACAAAUCGGAGGGUGGCGAUAAGAUUUCUCAACAAAAAGUCAUUGUCGAAGGUGAUACAAAGAUAAUAAGGAAAGAAUUUGAAUCACGUAUACCAGUUUCAAUGGCCAAAGUUGAAAAGGAUAGAAAUCACAAGGAAUUGAAGAGUAAAAUUUCGAUUGAAUCCAAACGUACGACGUUGGACAGCAAAACGGAAAUGGAUAAUAAACCGAUGAUCGUUCAUCAACAAGAUGAAUACGUUAUUACAUCACCUGUGGAUAAGAAAAAAGAAUUUGAAUCGCGUAUUCCUAAACGUAUUAUGGAUACUUCUUCUUCUUCAUCAUCUUCAACGAUUAAAUCCGAAAAAGAUAUUAAAAAGGGUUAUCACGUUAAAACGGAAACUGAAACCUGUACAGUUACCGAAAAAAAAUCAUCAAGUCAGGAAACAACAUCCAAGAGUGAAACUCAAACGUAUUCGCAAACGUUUACAACAGAUCCCGAAAAAGGAUUGAAAUCAUCACCCGACGAGAUUACUGAUAAGGAUACGAUUAAGUUAUCCAAAAUAGAUCAUAAAGCGUCGAGUAAAUUAGAAAAAAAGGAAACAGUAUCUUCGGAAAUUUCCAAAGGUACCGAUAAAUACAUCAAACACGAGGAAAAGGAACAAUUGGAAAGUGAAAAAUUGUCCGAAUCCAAAAUGAAAAGAGAAUCGUCUGGUGAAACGGUGGAAAAGGAGGAAUGUAAAAUGAAGAAAAUAGACGAAAGGGGUGUUAAAAAAUUGUCGAUUAAUUUGAAAGACGGUGAGGAAACAAUCGAUGCGAGUGCUACCCAAAGUAGAAUUGAAGCUACGAAAGAAGAAUUGUCGAAAAAAUUAGAAGACAAGGAAGGUAUUAUGACAGAGGAAUCUGGUAUCAGUAAAUUGAAGGAAAGUGACGUUGAUAUAGCAGUCAGGAUUAGUAAAGAUGACGAAGAUGAUAAUAAAGUUAAAGAUACUACCAAAAAAGAAACUUCGUCUAAAUAUAAAAUAUUCGAAGAUUUGGGUAAAGUAGAAAUGGUAACCAAAGGUGAAUCCCAUAAGGAAACUGUUGAAAGUUUCGAUGCUAGACACUUUGUACCUAGUAGGAAAAAAAGUGACGAAAAAUUGGAACAAAUGGUUGUUGUUGAAACAACAUUGGAGGAUAGACAAAUACGAGCGGCUAAAGAAAUAGAAGCUAAACGAAUAGUCGAGUCUUUAAUGAAAACUGUUGAAACUGAAAUUAAAAAGAGAUCUUCGUUAACCGAAAAACUGUUACCAGGUGAUGGUACUGGUACUGCUACUGCUGGUACUAAAGGUACGAUCGAAAGUGAUUAUUUACUUAAAUUACUCAAGGAAAGUGCCGAAACUGAUUACGAAAAAUGGGCCGACGAUUUGACGAAAAGAUUUGAAAGUAUCAUGAAAAUAACGACAACCGAGGUAGAAGAACAAUCGACAGAAUCCAUGGAUGAAAUUGAUAAAUUGAUGAAAUUAAGAUCAAUUAUAGAAAAGGAUGAUAAAAAAUCGACUAGUAUUAGCGAUGAUUUGACGAAAGAUGAGGAAUCCUCGUAUCGUGAUAAAGGUGAACACAUUUCAUCCAUAUUACCUAUCAAAGAUGUGACGUUGAGUUCUAGUAGUAUAUCGGACCAAAUAGAAUUGGAAGAAGAUCAAUUAGAAUUGGAAGAGACAAUGGACGUUGAUACUAAUGAACUCGAGGAUAUUACUAAACCAACAACUUUUAGUCCUCAAUCGGAAAAAUUACAAUCCGAUAGGUCAAGUGCUCAAGCGGAAUCAUUGCAAAGGGAAUCAUUGGGGCCCCAAUACGACGUCAGUUUGUCAAAGGAUAAAGUGAUGUACGAUGUUUCCGGUGCCUGGGUAUUGGAAAUAGUUGAGCCAGGUAUCAGUGGUAGUAGCCAAUCUAGACAAGAUUCUGUAGACGUACCAUCAUUAGAAAUGGACGAAUACAAUAUUUCUGAAGAUACCGUUAGUAAAACAACAUCGUCGUUGCAUGAAAGUGCAGCUGUGGAUUCAUUGGAAAGGAUUGCCCAAGAACGUGACAUGACUUUUAGUCCUAGUACAGUAUCGGAAGACAUUAACGUUGAUUAUUCUUUGAUACAAGAACAAAUUCCUAUUACGACGACAGAAAAAUAUGAUAUAAGUGGUACGAUAAAACAACGUGCUGACAGUUUUGAAAUCGAAAGUCCACCCCUAGUAUCGCCAAGAUUUAAAUUGAAACACGAUCUUGAAAUAAAACCUGUUAAUUGGAUGAUCGGUGACGAGAAAAUUGAAAUAUCUGAAACGUUGCAACCGUCGCAAGUUUUCAAUCAAGAAUUAGAGGAAUACGAGACUACAAUUAAAAAACAAAGAUUAUCAUCAUCUCAAAGUGAUUCGGCUGAUUUAGAACAGGAGUCGAUUACUAAUUCAUCCGAGAAUUUAAGCGUUAUAGAAUCUGUCAAAGAAUCGGUGAUACCUGAUGCAACAGUAAUUACAAUUACAAAGACGAAAUUUACCGUAAUACCCGUUGCCGAUCAGGACGUAGAAAGUGAAUUGAUAGAAAAUAAAUUAGAUAUCAGUUGUCAGGAAUUAGUUGAUACAUUGAAACGCGAAUACGAAGCCAAAACACCUACCGAAGAUUUAUCAAUGACCACGCGUACAUCAUUAUCAUUGGAAGAGGCUAAAAUUAAAUUGAGCGAAAUGAAAAUAGCCGAUUCGAGUAGAUUCGAUGUGAUUAUCGAUAAAGAAAAAUUCGAAACUGAUGAAGAAAUGAUUUCUACUGUUACCGAAAAACAACCGGAUAUCAAAGGGAAAGAAAUUACGGUGAAGAUUGAACAAUUUGAAGACACCGCUGAAGGUGAAUCGUUAACGGAUGAACAACGUGGUGAAAAAGAUGAUAUAAUAAUAGAUGAGAAAGUAACAUUUGGUAAGGAAGAAAUGGUAGAAUCGUUGAAGGAGGACAGUGUUAAGAUUUUGGAAGAAAUUCAAAGACAAUACGUUGCCGCUGGUAUUACGUUGGAAGAGGAUACUCAAAAGACUGAUGAACGGGUUGACCAAGUGAUUCCAAAAGAAUCAACGGAAACUAUUACUACUACUACUACUACUUGCGUAACCAAAAUCAAAAUUUCUAGCGAUGAUUACAAAAGACAUAUUGAAAAGGGUUUCGAAAAACGUGAUAAAGCAGCAGCUGCAGCAGCAGCAGCAGCAGCAAUUGCAGGAGGUAAAGUUAGUACGGUAAUUUCUUCUUCUUCUUCUUCUGAUACAUGUGCCUUUAAAAUAACAAAAGAUCUCCCAGAGGUCGAUUUAAGCGCACGAUACGCUAUUACGGUAUUAGAUCAAGUAGUUAAGAAAGAAAUAGCUGAGGUUAAGGAAUCAUUGGAGGCAGCUAGGCAAGAUUUGAUAGAGGAAUUAAGUGAGAACAGUGAGACUGUAAUACAAAUCAAAGACUCCCCAUCCGAAUUUCAAUUUAAAUUGCAAACGGAAUCAAGUAUACCAAAUGAUUUGCCCUUUUUAUACAGACCACCUUCCUUGGAACAGAUAGCCGUGGAUGAUAAAGAAAUUACGAUGAAAAAAGAAGAAGAAGAAGAAGAAGAAGAAGAAGAAGAAAAAGAAAAAGAAGAAACGAUCGAUGAAAAAAUGAAAACGACAAUUGUAGACGAUUCGAAAUUAUACGAGAAAGAAAUGAUAACGGUAACGGCUGAAGAAAGUGUCUCGGAUGAUAUAGAAUUUGAAUUAUCCUGUGACGAAGAUAUGGAUAAUAAAGAAAAGGUAUGUAUGGAUAUUGAGAUGGAGCUAGACAAAUCUGAAACGGAAACUCUAUCUGCCGUCCAUGAAGAGAGCAAAGAGGAUGAUGACGAUGAUACCCGUCCUAGUCCCGUACCGGCAAGCAGAUCAUGCUCAGACGUAGAAUACAAAGAUGAGAGUUCCUCCUCGUUGCACCCGCCUCAACCAACAGCAGUACCAAGGAGACGUCACAAACCAGCUAGGGCCUCGAAAAAAAUAGCUCCCGAGAGUGAGAUAGAUCCUGGUUCCAGUUCCGGUGAGAGUAGCAACUAUCAAUCGUGCGACUACGAAAUUGGUAGCGGAAGUAGACCAAGUUCGUCUGAUGUAGAAGCCUUCCAAUCAGCUACGAUGCCACCAUCGGGUACAACUUCCGAGUAUGAGACAGCUAUGAUGUCGGCUGAACAUUCGACGACCGCAACAUCAAGGCCAACCUCCCAAGAAUACCAGACUGCCGUGAGUACAUUAAGUUCUCGCGAAUCUAUGAAAUCUUUAAGUUCGUUUAGUUCAGGCCAUCUUGGUAGUAUCGAUAGUACCAGCGAGUUGUCAGAAACAUUGGUAGCUUCCGAGGCUGAUGAUGCCGACAAACUUGAACAACAACAACAACAACAUGAGGAUUUAGAGGAGCAUGCAUUCGAUGACGAUGAGGAGGAGGAGGAAGAAGAACAACACGUUCAAUCUGAUUCAUCCGGUAGCGAUAUACCCAUAGACGAUGUUGCCAUGGAUAAAAUUGAUAGCAAUAUACCAUGUCGUAUGAAGAGAUCAUCAGAAAUGAUAUUCCAACAGAUAGUUGAUGAUAAUGCAGCACUCGACACUGAUAUAGACGAACCUAUUUUGGAACAAGAUACCAAAGGAAUUGAUUUCGCUACUUCUGCAUUUGUCUUAACACCUGGUGCAGUUCAAUCGGUGGAUAUAAUGACGGCUAGGGUCACGGAGGAUGGAAUUCAAAGUGUAUCAACCCAAGUUAUCUCUACUCAGGUUAUCGAGUCUAUUACUACCGAAAUACCUACCGACAAAAUUCUGCAUACUGAAGUUCAAGAUUCAAAAUUAUCAGACGAGUCGAUCGAUUUCUUAAGUAUGGAACCAGAUUCUUUGGAACCUAAAUCUGGAAUAAUAAGUGGUACGACACUUGAGGAUACUGCUGAAACUAUUGUUACCAUGCAAACGUCGACCCAUUCUAUGAUACAACAAGGAAGUAUGUCAACGUCAUCAACCUCAGGAUUAUCUAUCGAUACAGUCAUUGAAAAAGCUAAAUCCGAACGUUCGGAAUCACCUGGCAGCGAUUCAUUCGAAUUGGUUGAUAAACCUGACAUCAUAGAUGAUUUCGUGGUGAUAGAGGAAGUUGGUCGGGAAGCUGAAGAAUUUGAUUCCGAAGGUAAAAGUAUAAGAAUCACUGCUAUACCACAAGUUAGUAGUAAACAAUACGAUCGUGAUUUGGAAAAUUUAAUAACGGAAACUAAAGAGGAUUCUCAAGUUUCAACGAGUCAAGCUUCGCGUAACAAUGAAUUGUUUGAUUUUGAAUCGGAAGAAAGUCCACCACAGGCGUCUAACGAUGAUCAAUAUUCUCAAUCAUAUUCGGACGAGGAACCAUACGAGACCGGUAAGAAAUGGAUUGAAAUGCAAUUUCAUGCUGAUGCUAGGGUAUACGAUAUCGAAUAUGAUCGUGGCCCGUUGGAAGAUAUCAAAGAAGAAGAGAUCACUGAUUUCGAGGCUGGUAGUAGUAGAUUUGGAAGUUUAGGAAGUCAUAAGGAAUCUAUAGGAAGCGUUGGUAGUAUGCGGGGUAGUUUUGGUAGUACUCCGGAUUACGAUGUUCUAGCUGGAAAGAAAUAUUUCACUAAACCAUCGGAUCACGAUACCGUGUCUUUAAGUUCGUUACAGGAAUUCGAGCAUUUGGAGAGCGCAGUGGCAGCAGAAAAUUCGAAAAGAUUGCAACAAUGCGGUUCACAGGAUUCGAUUAACAAUGGGAGUCUUCCGAGAAGGUACAUGACCAGUAGGUCUGGUCACGGUGAUGAUAUUUCUUUAUCCUCGUUAAAAGAUUUCGAAGGUUUGGAAAGGGCUUGCAGGGAAGCUCAUUUAAUUGAAUUACGUGCUAGGGAGGAAGAAGAUUUAUUGGAACACGAAAGUCCUGAAAAUAGAUACAAAAUGGAAAGUAUUCAACGUAAAUCGGAGGCCAGUGGUGCUGGCUCGAUUAAUCCAAGUACUUCUGGUUCUGAUGAUUACGAAAAAAGAAUAAAAGAAAUCGACGAGAUAAUACGUAUUGCACAGUCAAACGUUGAGAGAUUAGAUCGUCAGGAUGAUACGACUGAAGAUAUUUCACAAAUAGAAAUAACGGAUAUUGAAAAAACUUGUUCUGAAGCAAACGUACCAAUUUUAUUAGAAACCGAUGACACCCAACGUGCCAAAGAUACUAAUAUCAUGGAAACUAGUACGGAUUCAUUAGAAUUGGAAGAUAAUGCGGAUAAAAAACAUCACCCAUUGUGUCAGAGCUCAGAUUCAUUGGAAAUGAAAACAACAUUAGAUUUUCCAUCAUUAAGUUCUGACUCGUUGAACAAUGUCAGGGAUACCAGGGAUACCCAAUUGGAUUUAGCUGAACAAUUUAGUAAUGGGAGACGCAUGUCGUCGGAUUCAUUGGAUGUACCUAUCAUUGGUCAACCAGAUAACGAUCUACACGAAGAUAGCAAUAAUCGUCCUGAAAGAUUACAACCUGACAAUUCUAUAGGACAAAGUUCGUCGACGGAUACAAAUAUUGCUAAACAAGAUACAUCUGAAUUACCAUCAAGUAGUAAAACAUAAGAAACAUAUAACAAAUAAAAAAAAAAAAUAUAUAUAUA